AUGAAUAAUUUGAAAGUAUCUAGUGGUUAUGGGCGUGGUAAUUCAGUGAAGGAAAUCUUACAAAAUUCAUCGAAUUCAUAUUUAUCUACACCUGCACCAUCCAUGAGUAUUAAUAGUAAUUUAAAUGUAGCUAGUGGACGUGCUGCACAAGUUUUACGUCAGAUAAAACAAACAUCUUUAGUAAAUUUUUCAAAAAAUCUUCUAGAAAAUCAACUAUUUAUUCGUUGUACAGUAACACAAUGGCAUAAAUAUGUAGUUGAAUUUGAACCAUUAAUAACGAGUCGAACAACUCGUUUCACAAUGAUAAAUCAUCUAUCGAAAACUCUUGGUGACUUACAUAAACUAUAUGAUGGUCAAUUUAUGUAUGUUCCAAAUCCAUUGUCAAAAGAAGCUUUUGUUUUUAAUAAUACAAAAGUAAAUACUCCCAAUGAAGUACGACUUAAAUACAGUGAUACAAUUAAUAUCGAAGAAAUACCUAUUGAUCUAAUUAAUUCUUUAUUUCGAUUAGCAAUCGACAAAGGACGAGAAUCAAUUCUGAAUUCUAUGAAUCGAAAUAAUGGAUAUCGACAAAAAGUACGCUAUUGGAAUGGUAAUAUUGUAAAUAUUGAACGUAAAGAAGAUGGAAUAUUAUUAACUUUUGAUUUCGCACAAAAAUCAUCGACAACAUGUUAUGAAGAAUUAGAACGUUUCUAUAUGUCAACAUGUGGUGAUGAUUAUCGAGAAUCUGCUAGAAAAGAAUUAAUCAAUAAACUUGUUCUCACACGAUACGAUAAUCGAACACAACGUAUUGAUAAUAUUGAUUUUCAACUUACACCAGCAACAUUGAUAAUUAAUGAUGAAGCAAAAACAACAUUAAUUGAUUAUUAUUUGAAUCGAUUUGAUAUUACAAUUAAAGAUCCUGAUCAACCAUUACUUGUCUAUUGUCCUCGGCGACCCGGUGAAAAUACUACGAAUACGGAAGUAAAUUAUCUUGUUCCAGAAUUUUGUUAUUUAACUGGCUUAGCUGAUCGUGCACAUCGAGAUGCUCGAGCACGUAAAACGCAAAAUAUAAAUGUAUUAGAUUCAGCUGGUCGUCAAAAUGAAAUAAGCAACUUUGAUGAUAUGAUUCGACGAAAUAUGACAACAAAUAAAUACCUUACUUUAUGGGGUAUUGAUAUUGUUGCAAAUACUACUCAAACACAUUCGAUAAUAGACGAAUCAUAUCGAAAACUUUCUAUUAAUGAUACAGCGCUUGAAGAUGAUGAAGAUAACGAACACAAAGAUAUAGUGGAUAAUGAUUAUUCUUACGGACAUUUUACUAAGCCGAUCGCAUUGAACAACUGGCUAUUAAUUUAUCCAAACAUUGAUGAAGAUCGAGCAUCAACAUAUGUAAAUAUGCUUCGACAAGUAGGUCAACAACAAGGAAUGCUUAUUAAUGAACCAAUACACGUAAAAUUGGAUGAUGAUGAAACAGCAACAUAUGCAAAUGCUCUUCGUAAUAAUCUCAAUCGCCAAGUUCAGCUUGUAUCAAUAAUAGUUAAAUCACGUCGAAUUGAUCGUUACAAUACAAUUAAACGUAUUUGUUGUAUUGAAAUACCAACACCAACUGAAAUUGUUUUAAGAAGUACGAUAGCCGACGAUGAUAUUCUUCCAAGUGUUGCAUUAAACAUUGCUCGAGAUAUUACUGUUAAACUUGGAGGACAAAUUCGACCAACUAAUAUUAAUAUAUCAAAUUUCAUGAUCAUUGGAUUAGCUACAUGGACAUCGGAACAUGUAAAUUAUAAAUCAUCAGAACAUUUUGAUUAUGUUUUAUCUAUUGUUGGUUCACUUAAUAAUACUAUGACAGAAUAUUUUAGUCAUGCAAAAGCAUAUACAAACGAAAAUGAUCUUCGGUCUGAUGUUGCAAGUUUUGUUCAGCUAGCUGUUGAUGCAUAUUAUAAACAAAAUAAAAUUUAUCCAACAACACUUAUUAUUGGACGAAAUGUUUUUUCGUCAUUUGAUGAUUUAAAUAUCAUUAAGGAGAAUGAAAUUCCGUCGAUUAUUGAUCUGAUUACAAAUAAUAGUAAUAUAGAAGAUUAUGAACCGCGAUUGAUUAUAUUUACAUUUAUGAAACAAAUGAUUUAUGAUUCCUACAAAUAUGUUCAGCCGAAGAAAGCUACUAAUACUGAUUAUUUUGUUGCAAACGAUUCACCAAGCUACUGCUUUUAUUUAUCAUCACAUCGAGAUAAUUGUUCAACUUUACAAGCUCGUCAAUUUCUCGUACUAUUUGAUAAUACUGAUUUAUCAGCACAAAAAAUUCAACGACUUAUACUUUACUUAACAUUACACAUUCCACAACGACAUCAUUUCUUUUUUCCAUCAACAUGCCGAUUUGCUCAACGUCUUUCAUCGUUAGUAGGUGAAACACUUGGUGCUUUACCAAACUUGGCACAAUAUAAAAAUUUGUUCUAUUUGUAA